UUCCGCUCAACUGCUAGUCUCAACCAGAAAAGUGUCGCCCCGUAGACUGGAAGCGCUUUGGCGGAGCAACGGCGGUGCGGCAUAGAGCGGAGGUGUAUAUCUCUUCUUCAUCGUAUGUUGUUGCAAAAUACAACGCCCCACGAGAAAAACAGCGUUGUUUGUGUGACCUUUCCUCGCUCGUUUCUCGGCCGUGUCUUUCGGCGGACGAAUGGGCGACUACGUCCAGCUGAACGGCGGCGGUGAAGAAGCCGGAGCGACGAGGAAGGAAGCAAAGAGCGCCGCCGCCACUCGAAUCGCCUCUCUCGACGUCUUCCGAGUGUUUGCUGGGUGGAUUUGUUGCUCUUGAGAUGGAUAUUCGGUGUAUUUAUUGUUCUGCGGCUAGAUGAUGGUUAGGUUAUGGUUGAGCGGUCCAUAUCACCACUUGUUGGAUAGUAUGCGGAGAAUCUGGAGCGAAAGUAGACAUUUUGAGUUAUGACAAACGAAAAUGCACAUGAAGGUCUUCUUCUCCGUUGGAAAUUUCUUGUGAUACUUUACUCUUUGGAGACGUUGGCUGAUGGUAUUUGUUGAUUAUGCUGGUUCUGUGUUGCCAUAUGUUGGUCAUGCUCCCUGGGACGGUGUACAUUUGGCAGACUUCGUAAUGCCAUUUUUUCUGUUCAUUGCUGGUAUUUCUGUUUCAAUCGUCUACAAGAACAAGGCCAAUAAAGUUCAGUCAACACGCAAAGCAGUGGUACGGGCAGUAAAACUCUUCGUUCUUGGUGUUCUUCUCCAAGGUGGUUACUUUCACGUCAUAAAUUCCCUUACAUUUGGUGUUGAUAUCGACAGAAUACGAGUCUUUGGUAUCCUACAGCGGAUUGCUAUUGGGUACAUAGUUGCUGCUUUAUGUGAAAUAUGGUUAUCAAGCGCUGCAAUUCCGAACUCUGGAUGUAGACUUUUUAAAGAUUAUUACUUUCAGUGGAUCAUAAUGUUUGUAUUGUCCAGUAUAUAUGUGGGGUUGUUGCAUGGCAUAUAUGUACCAGAUUGGAAAUACGAACCACAAGAAUUUGCUCUCAGUUCGCCAUCAAUGCAAAUCAGAGAUGUCAUUGAGAAGGUUAAAUGUGGAGUACGAGGUGAUCUUGGACCAGCAUGUAAUGCAGCUGGAAUGAUUGACCGCAAAUUACUUGGCAUAAAACACUUGUACAUAAAACCUGUAUUUAGAAAUUUGAAGGAAUGUAGAACUCCCGGAGAUGAAAAUGGAGCAUAUACUACUUAUCCAUCAUGGUGCCAAGCUCCAUUUGACCCUGAGGGCAUCUUAAGCUCAUUGACGGCGGUUGUAAGUUGCAUAUUUGGUCUACAAUUUGGUCAUACUCUUGUUCUUUGGGAGGAUCAUAAAAGUAGACUCACAAGAUGGUUGCUGUUUUCACUUGCAACUUCUGGACUCGGGAUAAUUCUAGCUUGUAUUGGAGUUCCUCUGAACAAAUCACUAUACACAAUCAGUUAUAUGUUUCUAACAACUGGUGUUGCUGUGGCUACGUUCUGUGCACUAUACGUAUUGGUGGAUAUUUAUGAAUACAAAUGGCCAACAUAUGUUUUUCAGUGGAUGGGAAGGCAUUCUCUUAGCAUCUUUGUUUUAGUGGCAUCAAACAUUGCUGUCAUUGCCAUACAAGGAUUUUAUUGGAGAAACCCUAAAAAUAACAUUGUCCACUGGAUUGUAUCACUCGUGCGAAAGUAUGCUGCCAUUGAUGAGUAACAUGGAGGACCAUGCCACAUCUUUGUACAGUGGUAACUCAUUUCCUAGAUUCUUAUUUCUGAUAUGAUAAUUGAAGAUUAACAGAGAGUCCACAUAUCAUUUAAGAGAUUAAGUCGAGCCGAAUGCAUAUUUAAGUGCUCAUAAUUGGAUAUUAAUGCAGUAAAUAUGUCAUAUUAGGAUCACAACGCAGAGCAUCACGUUCUUGAAAAGGAUGUUCGCUGAGAUUGAGAAAUUCUCUACUUUACUGAUCUUUGUUUUCCAAAGUGGACAUUGAUGAACUUCACUUGCAUCACCUGUAUUUGUAUAGGCUUUGCUUGUGUGUGUUUGGGUGAGCUGGUUGAGUGGACUCGUUAGGCCAGCCGAGCAGAGCAUUUUGUUCGUAACGUUGUUGAUAUGAUAAUAUGAAUUGUCAACCCUACUUACGGACAAA